ACCCACUCAUUUGCUUAGCAGAAGACACAAAUAAGGUCAUCCUUCUUCGGCUCUGCAAAAUCACCAGGAAGUAGAGUCGCGAACUUCAGUCUGUGUGCACAACUUCUCGUGGAAACAGUACAUGGUGAUUUUUCCAUCUUUUAAUUCUUAUUAAAUCAGUAAACUCGUCAAACCAACCGCAUUCCUAGCAGCUAUGCCUUUCACGCCAAUUGACAAUCCAAAAUGCCCAAAAUGUGGCAAAUCCGUGUAUGCGGCCGAAGAACGACUUGCCGGUGGAAAGAAAUUCCAUAAGAACUGUUUCAAAUGCGAGGUUUGUUCCAAGGCGCUUGAUAGUACCCUUGUAAAUGAGAGGGAAGACAAACUGUACUGCAAGAAGUGCUAUGCAGGCAACUUCGGACCAAAGGGAUACGGGACCGGACAAUCAUCCAUAAUGUCAGAACCAACUGCAGAAAAGGAAUAAAUUAAGUCGUCAAAAUGCAAUGGAUAACAUUAAGUUGUUGCUUUUUAUCGUUUAAUCGUUUAAGCUAACCUAUAUAAAUAAUAAGCAUGCAUAAUCUUCGGAUUAAAUUAUCCAAAAAAAAAAUUAUGUUUAUGAAAUAGCAAUAUUAAAUUGUUUCUCUAACUUGCAUGCAAAAUUUAUUGAUAAAAAUGAUUCUAAAAUUUUAAUUUUGAACAUAAUUAGAUAGUUCUUCAAAUUGAGAUAAAUAUUGGUUGUUCUAGUUAGAGUAAGUGGAUUGUAAACUGCCAAAUAGUUUCUUUUUCGGUUGGAACGAUUAAAUGAGCUUAAAUAUCACGAUUGAUGGCUGAAACGUU